AUGGGCUGUCCACAUCUGGCCAGCCGUCCACUCCUCACACGCACAACGGCUCUACUGCACCGAUUCUCAACGCCAGCUCUCAAGCAUCGCACCCAUCCCGUUUCCCUUCGCCCGACCGUCAUCCUGUCCCGCGCCAUGUCGCACAAGCCCCAGAUCAUCGAGACGGAGCAGUUCUCCACCCCGGCCAAGUGGCUGCGUCUGGAACGGAUCAAGUGGCGAGACCAAGAAGGCAAGGAGCGUUUCUGGGAGGUUGCGAACCGCAGCACGCGGUCCAAGGGCGGCGUCGACAGCUGUCACAUUCUCGCUCUUGUGCAUCACUCGGCGGGCAAGUCGGUCGUCCUCAUUGAGCAGUACCGCCCGCCCGCAGGCGCGACAGUCAUUGAGUUCCCCGCCGGCUUGAUUGACGAAGGCGAGGACGCAGCCACCACCGCUCUCCGCGAGCUCCACGAGGAGACGGGAUACACCGGUGCAGGGGUGACUGUUCGCUCCGUGUCACCAGUCUUGGUCAAGGAUCCAGGCAUGACCGGCGCCAACAUGAACCUUGUGACGGUCGACAUCCGUCUUCCUCCUGACGCGCCCGAGCCAGUGCCCAAGCUCGAGGAGGGAGAGCAUAUUGUCAAGCGUCUCGUGCCCCUCACUCAGCUGUCCCAAGUGCUUCGAGAAUACGCCGACAAGGGAUUUGCCAUUGACGCGCUGGUCGCGAGCGUUGCUGUUGGUCUUACCCUUGCGUAG